AUGACCAGUGUCAUCAAGCGCCGCCUGAGGAAGAUUGUAGGGAUAGAUGAGAAUGCUCCGCCCGUAGUCAGCGUGUCAGACUGGAUAUCCCAGAAUGAGCGUGGAGUCUUGCCCGCUGUUACCGCCUAUGUGCGCUCGCUUUUCCCUUUCAUCGAAUGGCUACCGAGGUAUAACCUUACCUGGCUGGUAUCGGAUCUCGUUGCCGGUAUCACAGUGGGCAUGGUCCUCGUCCCCCAAUCCCUCUCUUACGCCGUCCUAGCCAACCUUCCCUCGGAAUACGGUCUCUACGCCUCCUUCAUCGGUGUCUUGACCUACGCCUUCUUUGCCACUUCCAAGGACGUCUCCAUCGGCCCCGUCGCCGUCAUGUCCCUUCAGACCGGUAUCGUGGUCAACUCGGUGGUGGACAAGCUCGGCGACAAGUACACCAAGCCCCAGAUCGCAGUCUGCCUCGCGUUCAUCUGCGGCUUCAUCGUCCUCGCCAUCGGUUUGCUCCGUGUGGGCUGGAUUGUCGAGUUCAUCCCGCAGCCGGCGGUGUCCGGUUUCAUGACCGGCAGUGCCAUCAACAUCGCUGCUGGUCAGGUGCCGGCCAUGCUGGGCCUGGCUAAGAGGUUGAACACGAGGGCACCAACAUACGAUGUAAUCAUCAACACGCUUAGGAACCUGCCCAACUGCACACUUGACGCUGGAUUCGGUAUACCCGCAUUGGUUACGCUCUACGGCAUCAAGUGGGGUAUGCAGUGGCUGGGCAACAAGUACCCACGCUACUCGCGAGCCACCUUCUUUGCUGGCACGUUCCGCCACGCAUUCGUCAUCAUCAUCUUCACCAUCAUCUCGUGGCGGGUCAAUUCGGGUUACGCUACCCCUCGGAUCGCUCUCGUCGGGAUGGUCCCCUCAGGUCUUCGCGCUAUUGGCCAGCCACGUAUCACCUCUGAGCUUAUCGGAGCCAUGGGUGGUGAUCUCCCCGUAUCCACCAUCAUCCUCCUGCUCGAGCACAUCUCUAUCGCGAAGUCAUUCGGCCGUCUCAACGGGUACAAGAUCAACCCCAACCAAGAGCUCAUCGCUAUCGGUGUCAACAACACCCUCGGCUCCCUCUUUGGCGCAUACCCCUCCACCGGCUCCUUCUCGCGGUCGGCGCUCAAGUCAAAGUCGGGCGUGCGGACCCCUGCAGCGGGUAUCGCCACCGGUGUAGUCGUCAUCAUCGCCCUCUACGCCGUCGCCCCUGCCUUCUACUUUAUCCCCAACGCGGCCCUUUCCGCACUCAUCAUCCACGCCGUCGCCGACCUUGUCGCAUCCCCCAAACAAUCCUUUGCCUUCUGGCGCGUCUCCCCCCUCGAGUACAUCAUCUUUGUCGGUGCCGUGCUCUGGUCCAUCUUCUACUCCAUCGAGUCCGGUAUCUACUGGUCUCUCGCCACCUCGGUCGUCCUCCUCCUCGUCCGGCUCGCUCGGCCCAAGGGUCACUUCCUCGGUCGGGUCCGCAUCCAGCCCGAGAACCCAGAGUACGGCGGACCGCGUGAUGUCUACGUCUCGCUCGAGGGGGACAAAGGGGCUAUCAUGGAUGUCAACGUCGAGCCCCCACCCCCGGGAGUCAUCAUCUACCGGUUCGAGGAGUCUUUCCUCUACCCCAACGCCUCGUACAUCAACGACCGGAUCGUCGAGUACGUCAAAGCGCAUACUCGGCGCGGAAAGGACUACUCCCAGAUCAGCGCGGGCGACCGGCCAUGGAACGACCCCGGACCAAAGAACGGGGAUGAGGCCGAGCAGGAGGUACAGCGUACACGCCCUCUUGCUCGUGCAGUCAUCCUUGACUUUACUGCGGUAGCCAACAUUGACACCACCGGUGUUCAAAACCUCAUCGAUACCAAGAAGGAGGUGGAGAAGUGGGCGGACAGGCGGGUAGAUUUCCACUUUUGCGGUAUCCUCUCGCCGUGGACGAGGCGGGCGCUGGUAGCUGGUGGCUUCGGCCAAGGCAAGAGACGGGACGGGACCAACCUGGAGAUCGCUCCUGUAGUCAAGCACGGAGGCGAUGUUUCGUCGCCACAAACCAACAUGCGGGACCGGUCAUACGAAGCCUCCGGCUCAAACACCCCUGUCAACGACGAGGACAGCGAGUCGUACAAGCAGGAGAAGAAGAGUCAGGAUAGCAGCGAGACGGAUCUGGAGGCGGGUCGAGGCGUGGAGGCGACGGCAGGCUCGGGCAGGAACUCGCAGCACACCGUGCCGCUCAUCUUGGAUGCGUGCCCCAUGUUCCACAUAGAUCUUAGUGAUGCCUUGGCGUCAAUAGAUUUGUCAAGACAUACGUAG